AUGUUGGGCGAAUUUUUCAUAGGCAGACAUAAAUGGGAAAACAAAGAAGAAACUCCAUUGCCAAACACCAUACCAGAAGUCGAUGAAGUAGGUGCAACUUCAGCACCGUUAUUAUCAGCAUCAUACUACAUCGGAGACAGAUGUAAGCCAUAUAACGAAGAUUUUAUGUUGUGCAAAGACGAACACAACGGAGGAACUAUAGACUGUUUAAAAGAAGGAAGACGUGUGACUAGAUGUGCUAUAUCGGUAUUGAAAGAUUUAAAUAAAUAUUGUUUUGAUGAGUUCAAAUUACAUUAUGAAUGUUUGGAGCAGAAUAAUCAAUAUUUUAGUCGUUGUCGUGCUAGUGAAGGGGUGUUGAGUAAAUGUGUUUUUGAUAAUUUGAAAUUGGUCAAGAAGAUCCCCGGUGUUGACGAACAAGUCCAUGAUAAAAAGCGUCCAAUUUAUGGAGCUGAUUCGAAGGAUGUCAGACAAACUAAGGAGUUUUUGCAAAAGAAUGAAGUUGCUGGUGGCGGUGAUGCUUCAGCUGCCGCCCCAGCUGCCGCUCCUAGUAGUAGUUAG